AUGCCCCGACACCCACUUGUGUACUUUCCUCCGCUGGCACGUGGCGUAAUUUCGACUCUCUCAUCCCACGCACACACACGCUCAUCCAACCGAAGGACAUACUCCGCCAAAAAACAAACAAUUCGAAAUGGCAGAAACCUGGUGGAUGAGAUAUGGACCGACCAGCCUCCCGUCCCUCGGCGACCCGUGCGAGUACACCCUCUAAAGUUCGCCGGUGUCGGCGUCCCGGAAAAGAUCGCCGCGGUGCGGAAGCUUGUCGUUAAGGAGAGGGCCUCGUCCCUCGUGGUUAUGGCAAUGGAUGAGGUGGCGUGGCUGUUCAACAUCAGAGGUAGCGACAUCUUGUACAACCCGGUGGCCUUCGCGGCCUCGUUGCUGACGCAAGAAGACGCGUUCCUUUUCAUCGACACGGUCAAGCUCGGGGAGGGGGUGGAGCAGCAUCUGAUGGAGGCCGGCGUUACCAUCAAGCCGUACGACGCUCUCCUGGCCGAACUCCGAACGCUGAAGCCGAAGCCUUCGCCCGCAGCUGCCGGCACCGCACCAGCACCACUGCUGCCGAUCGACAGCCAAUAG